AUGAGCGAGAUCAGAUACACCACGAAAACCUACGCCUCCCAUCUUUUCAGCACGCCUUCACUGAAGGAUCGCCAGUUUAAGGCAACAUUUGUCCACGAGAGGAGUUUCACCUUGGAUCCGUCUCUGUUAGACGACUUCUUGGCGAAAUACUCUCAGUCACAGCAAUUUGGAAUUUCUGGUGCCUAUCUCCCUUGUUCAUCUGAAUUUUUGCGAAACGGGACUGCUGGUUUACUCACAAAACUCGCCAUCGCGUCACCGGAGGAGGUUCUGGUAAUAACGCUGCAUUUCGAGAAUCCAGACGAUCCUGGAGAUAUUGUAAAUCAUACUCCUUUGUACCAACGGUUUUUCUCUGAGGAGAACCCUCGUCGCUUUGUGGGAUUCAGUCUUGAUAGGAUAGCCCUGCAGCUCUGGGGAGAAUAUGGCUUGUCUAUCACGGAUGGGGUCGAUGUAUUGGCAAUGCAAGUCGACUCUAUCGAUCAGCCGAGGGGUGUGAAAUGGAUGCCCAAGCAGACGAAGCAGAUCCUCGAUCUCAAGCUCUUGGAUGACAUGCUCUCUAAUGAGAGAGACCAGGAUGAACAAGGUGACCAGGACCAGGCGGAUGGUCUACUCGCUAGUAGGGCAUGGGUUGCAGUUGUAUUAGAGCAAGCUUCCAGCUCUUUGGCAAUCGCUCUGUCAAACGUUAUGCCGAUAGACUUGAGAAAGCGGGACCAGGAUGAGCUAUUGGAAUUACACAAGAUCAUGCUCGCCUCUGACAGACUGAGAGGGAGUGCUGAGGAAUUCCAGAGCCACGAUGUGAAACUGGAGCAGGGUAGCAAUGGAAAGCUCUAUGUCAUCUCCAGUCAAUUCAACACUCGGGUCCGAGACACUGGCUAUGAACUGGAGCUCACUUUCGAGCACGAUGUUGUGACAGCAAGAGUUAUGAAAGUCAAAGGAAGAAGGGCCGAAGUAAGACCCUUACAAGAUCUCGAUCUUGCGGAAGCCGGUCAGUUUCAAGUGGCACGUACCCUAGGGAAGGAGGAAGCGACUUGCUUGGACCAUCAAAGAAGUAAUUUCAUCCUAUUCGCACUCCAAGGUCAAGCUUCUAUCAGAUCCAAUCCCAUCCUGAGGCAAAUAUGGUUUCCAAGCGAUGAGCCCAGUUCAGAAAGUAUCUCAAGUCCGGUGUUGCUGGGUCAGCAGUAUACGAAACUCAACCGAGGUCAACGUGCAGCGGUACAGGAAAUGAUGAAGGAGUCGUCAGACAAUACCCGGAUUGUGCUUGUCCAUGGUCCACCUGGGACAGGGAAAACCAGUGUCAUUGCAGCAAUGACAGAGUGUCUUCUUCAUUCGGAAGAUUCGCUAGAGCAUGCAGGGGAUUCUCAGAAAGAGCAACCUGCAAUGCGGGCCGAUAUAAUCGAGGAACAACAAUAUCAACCCAUCAGCGCCGGACCCACGCUUUGGAUCGUUGCUCAGUCCAACGUCGCCGUCAAAAACGUGGCAGAAAAGCUGGUCAAAGUCGGCAUCCAUAAUUUCAAGCUCAUCGUCUCGACCGAGUUUCAUUUCGAAUGGCAUGAACAUAUCUAUGGCAAGGAGAUUCGAUCUAGAAUGCAUACCUCCGCCGAACUUCCUCGAUCGACAGGCGAGGUUCGUUCGUUCUUAGGAGAUACUAGGAUUAUGUUAUGCACCCUCAGCAUGUUGACAUCGCCUCGACUACGAAACCUCAACUUUUUCGAACAUAUUCCAGUCAAGAAUGUCGUUAUUGACGAAGCGUCGCAGAUUCAACUUGGGGAUCUCAUUCCAAUGAUUCAUAUUUUCCAGACCGACCUCAAAAGGAUCUGUCUUGUAGGAGAUCACAGACAGCUCGCUCCGUAUGGUCAAGAAGAGGUCACAGACAUCGAGAGCGUCUUCGAGCGAAAGCACAUUGUGUCAAAGGCAACGUUGCUAAAUGUCACGUAUCGAUUACCAAAGCCCAUUUGUAACCUCAUUUCGGCGCAAGUUUAUGAUACCAAACUGCUCCCUUUUAGUUCAGAGGAUCGCAUCGCUUGCUGCAAAUGGAUCGAUGUCCGAGGUGAAGAGCAAGUGGAAGGCACCUCUUAUAUCAAUACCGCAGAGGUAGAGGCCGUCUUGCUUCUCAUUAGGGAAUUGGAGGAGAAGAAGAAGGACUAUCGCAUUAUAUCCCCGUAUGCAACUCAAACAGCUCUGAUCCUGAGGCGCCUGAAGGAGGAAAAGCUUCCUUGGGACGAUAAGUGCUUUAACGUCGAUUCGUUUCAGGGAAACGAAGCGGACUUCAUCAUCAUCAGCCUCGUUAGAACUACUUCAAUGGGAUUCCUCGACAACAACCGGCGUGCAAACGUCUUACUUACCCGCUGCAAAAAGGGCAUGUUUGUACUUUGUUCUCGAAAUCUCAUGAUGAGCGAGCGCGCCCAAACAACGCUCCUCGGAAGGUUUGCUUAUGCGUGGAGCUCAUUACUGGAUACGGACACAUGGCCGACUUUUGAGGACCUUCAGAGUGGCGUUGAGAUGGUCGAGAAGGAUCUAGUGGCUUCACCAAAACUAAUAGGUACACAGCCCGUAUCAAAGAAAGAUCAAAGACGAGCACGGAAGAAAAAAUAG